CGAGGAGCCAGCGCAAGAGCCGGCCCUCCGUCUGUCCGUGUCCUGGCCGUAUUCGACGCCAGCGAAAUGGCAACAAUGGAGCGCGUCAUGCAGAAAACGCUGAUUGCACUCAACAAGGAAAAAACGGCCUGGGCAGCCGGAUGGAAUCGCCAAAACAGCGGGAUCGGGGCCGCUGCAGAUGUCAACAUCAGCACGUCGUCGGCCAGCCGAGGCAAACGCAGGAAGUGGCUGGCCGGUGGGGGACGUCUAACAGUGGACAGUGUCACGUACUCGUCGCAGUGGUGGAUCAAUCAAACGGCAGACGAUCUCGAUCGUCUCAUCGUUUCUCAUCGGCCCGUCGCUAUCCUCGUUCUGUCAGCCGACGAUUAUUCCGUUUUCCGUGUCGCUCUCGCCGCCUCUUUGUUCCAUGUGCCCGUCAUCGGAGCGCGGGCGCAGCGCGGACUCGACGAUUCCUCCUUCCGCGGAGUUUCACCGUUUUACGUCGGUCUCAAUCCUGGUCCCCAUCAUUUGGCUUCCGCUCUUCACCACCUGCUGCUGGCCAACAAUUGGCUACCCCUGACGCUGAUUGUCGACGAUUCACUGGAUGCCCAGAAGAUCCGGCAAGUCGUUCAACGACAUCCGUCCAACGUCGACAAGGUGAUGGUGGUGACGGUGAACAGGGGCUCAGCUCCACACCGGAUCCUUGCCCAGCUGAGCGGUAUCCAGCAAACGACAUCACUGGUGAUCGCCUUCUGCUGCGAGCCUCGUCUAGCGUCGCUCAUUUUUCGCGAAGCUCGACGACUCAACAUGCUCAACGGCGAUUGGGUGUGGCUGGCCUUGGAGCAGGCCGUCUCGGACUUCCAUCACCACUGGACGGAUGGCUAUUCACCGGCUGCGGCUGGACGAUUGCCAUCCGGCGGAUGGACGGCCGAUGGACAAGACGACGAAGACGACUGGCCACUUGGCUUGCUCGGCCUCGUUUCUCAGCAACCGCUACGCCUGACCAAGCACACGAUGAAAGGCUCGCUGGCCAUCAUCCAUUCGUCCAUCAGGGCCAGUCUGGCCGUCCAUCAGCUGCAAACGUGGCUGGAUUCGUGGACGAACGAGACUAGCGCCACUCAUCACAUCCAACGACUGCAAGUGGCUAAAAAAAUGGACAGCGAGAUCCGAUGGCGAGUGAAAGAGGCGCUGGCUGGCCGGCUGACUUACGACGGAGGCGGUAAAAUCGACUGUGCUCUGAGAGCCAACUUUGACGUCAUCAAUCUCGUCCCGGCCGGACCUUUCUAUCCGAAGAGCAGCGCCAGUAAUACGAAUGGCGUCGGCGCCAAAUCGACCAAGACAUCAGCAUCCUCUUCUUCUACUUCCUUGACUUUGACGAGACGGCGAAGACACUCCUCCUCAACAUCCGACAAACAUUUUGGCAACGCCACAGCACCAUCGCCGUCGGAAUUGUUGGAUGAAGACGAUGAAGAUUUGCAGGAUGAAGAAUAUCCAUCGGCGGCUGAGGAAACCAACGCCGCUGGAUAUGCCGAUGAAUUGGAUGCUGACCAAGACGAUUCGGAUGGACGAAACAACGGCCAGCCUGUCGUCAUAUCAACGGGCGCUGAUGAUGCAAGUCUUUUAAACGAACCUAUCGCAGCCAAAGAUCCUCUCCGUCCGCCCAUUUGGCAAUCAGUUGGCAACGUCUCUGGCCAGGCCGUCACGUUCAAAGGAGUUCAGUGGCCUGGCGGAGGUUUGGCCGGCCCUCGUUCGCACAGCCGACGGGUGUACCGUGUGGCCACCAUUUUCUCGCCGCCUUUCGUCAUGGAGACGGAAGUGUUCAAGGAGGACGACGAAGAAGAAGAGGAGCAGCGUUGCCUGACUGGCGUGCCUUGCUUGCGGGUGACCACCGGUCAGAAAGACGAGCUGGCCCGCAUUUUUGGCGACUACGAAGGCGCCCAGCUGCACAAGGGCCGCUCCUACAAUCUGACGUGUUGCUACGGCUACUCGAUCGACUUGAUGGAGAACGUGGCCAGCGAUUUGGAUGUGAAAUUUCAAGUGUACGUCGUCGCCGACGGGCAGUGCGGCAGUGCUAAACGACAGGCCGGCAACGACGGCAAGUGGGACGGAAUUGUAGCCGAUUUGCGUUCAGGGGCUGCCCAUUUGAGCUUCGCUCCUCUGAGCGUGACGUCCGCCAGGAGCGAAGCCAUCGAUUUCUCGAUUCCUUACUUCUAUUCGGGGCUGUCCAUCUUGCAGGCCAGCAAGAUCAACAACGAUGAUGUCCCUCUGCUGGCCUUCCUCAAACCUUUCCGUCCCGAUCUGUGGAUCGGCAUCUUCGUCAGUCUCAAUCUGACAGCGCUGGCCGUGGCCAUCUACGAGUGGCUCAGUCCGUUCGGUCUCAAUCCGUGGGGUCGACAGCGGACGAAAAACUUUAGCCUUGCCUCCGCCCUUUGGGUCAUGUGGGGCCUCCUCUUCAGCCACUUGGUGGCCUUUAAGGCACCCAAAUCGUGGCCCAACAAGUUCCUCAUCAACGUCUGGGGCGGAUUCAGCGUCAUCUUCUUGGCCAGCUACACGGCCAACAUUGCCGCUCUCUUCGCUGGCGUCUUCUCCGAAACGGCUGUCACCAAUUUUCACGAUCCUCGCUUGCUGAGCCAAAAAGUGGGCACCACGCGCAGCUCGGCUGCCCAGCAUUACGCCCAGAAAACGAAUCGUGGAUUGGCUGAGCAUUUGGAACGGUUUACCGUGCCCAACCUGGAAGAAGGCAUCGCCCGACUGAGAGACGGACGGCUGGAUCUGCUCAUCGGCGACACGCCCAUACUGGAUUAUUAUCGCGCCAAUGAUCCCGGCUGCACGUUGCGAACGGUCGACGUCAUCGAGGAGGACAAUUACGCCGUUGGCAUGACCAAAGGGCUACGAUUGCAGACGAGCAUUUCGUCUUUGAUUUCCAGCUAUUCAACAUCCGGCUACAUGGAUGAAUUGAGGAGCAAGUGGUACAGUUCACUGCCUUGCUCGCGUUCGGCUCACGACGCUUACCGACCUCAACCGCUGGGCGUGUCGGCUGUGGCGGGUGUUUUCAUCCUUUUAGGAUUCGGUAUCCUCGGUGGAUGUCUGAUUCUCGUCCUGGAGCAUCUCGUCUACAAGUUCGCCCUGCCCGUUCUACGUCGACAGCAUAAAGGCACCAUCUGGCGGUCGCCAAACAUGAUGUUUUUUAGUCAAAAACUUUAUCGAUUCAUCAACUGCGUUGAACUGCUAUCGCCUCAUCACGCAGCCAAAGAAUUGAUGCACAGUUUGCGUCAGGGUCAGAUCACGUCGCUGUUCCAGAAAAGCGUCAAAAGGAAGGAAAAUGAACAGAAACGUAGGCGUAAAAGUAAAGCCCAAUUUUUCGAAAUGAUACGCGAGGUGCGUCGCUAUCAGCAGGAAGAGAAAGAAACGGAAGUCGCCGACGAUGAAGAGGAUGAAGAAGAAUACGACCACCAUCACAGAGUGGUGGACGAAGAGACGGGCGAAGGUCUGGCCGACGAUGACGAAGAAGAGAAGAGGCCGCAAUUUGCACCUCCGCCUCCAGCUGAUUAUGGAGACGAUUGCGGAGACGAUUCGACGAGCGUCGUCGUCGUUGUUGCCGGACAAAACAAAACGCCUUCCAGCGAUGAUAUCGCCGUCUACAACUCUCAGAUGCCUAUCGUAACCGAUUCGCGGUUCACCGUUGAUCCUCCAUUACCAUCCAGAUCGUCGGAUAGCGAAAGGAAAUGGAAAAUGCAAAUGGCUCAGAGGCGUCGAUCGUUUAGCGCUGACGCUCUGUGUGAACCUGCCCACAUCCAUCAACAAAGACGUCGUCAAGGUGUGAGAUUUGCCGAGAGUAGUCCGAGUAGCAGUAGCAACAACAGUAGCGAGCAGAGUCUAAGCCAAUUGGAAGAUGGCGUUGCCGGCGCUUCUGCUGGAUGGGACAAUAGCGAAGACAAUUCGUCUUUGCUCUGCUCCAUGGUGGACAAGGCGACGUUGAACAAGCUGACCAAAGAAGACUUGCUCCUCUUGUGGCAAGCUGCCGAAUCUGAUUGGUUGGCCAAAGUGCGAGCGUUACGCAAACAGAGGGACAUUCUUCAGCUGCGCUAUCAGCACGCCAAAGCCGUCAGUCAAGUAGCCAAUCCUUAUCAGGCUCCACCAACACCUCCACUCCCCACCAUGAAGUUUUAAAAGGUGGGGAAAUAUAAAGAAAUCCACUAACCAUAUGCAAACAACGAAUAACCACACAACAUUUGUUGCACCCCUUUUACACCUUCCCGAAUUGGUUUUGUCCCUUUCAAACGGCCUGCAUUGAUGAAGCAGUUAGUUAAUACUGUAACAAAACAAAAAAAAAACAAAAAAAAAAAAGACAAAAAACAAAACAACAAAAAAAUUAUUACCCUUACAUAAUAACAUUAGUUCACUUUAAAUAUAGGAAUAGAGAAGAUUAAAUGACAACAAUUCUGUAGGCUAAAAUAAUUGAAAGGAAAAGAAUAUUGGUUUUCUUUUUCUUUGCCAGUUCAUCCUUCUAGUUCAUAAUUCCAGUAGCUUAAUGACACAUUAUGGCAGUUGUAUAAAAUUAAUUUUCAACGCAUGUUUAUAUCUAUUUAUUGGACGUCGAUUCAGCGGCAAAGUUUUUAUUAUUGUUGGUUAUUGUAAUCUAAUAGAAGAAACGGAACGUGUGCGUGGGUGAUUGAGUGCCUGUCUGUGUGUUACAUGCAGUUAAGAUUGUUGGACAUGGAGAGACAGUGAGUGCCUCUUGUUUCUCUAGAUAUGUUGGAACGCGCUCCUCCUUUUCCUUAUAAUGUCCCUAUAAUUUUAUUUGACGAAAAAAUCGAUAACUUGGUCUAGCUUCUCUUGCCGAGGGCACUUAAAUACAACCCUCCCCCCAAAAACAAAACCAAAAAAUUAAAAAAGGAAAAAAAAAAAAUGAAAUUUGCAAUAUUUUGGACGAGCUUCAGACGCUCCUUUGAUCUCCAGUCUAUUUAAAGGACUUAUUUAUAAUUACGUUUAAACCCAUUAAUAAUAAUAAUGACGAUAUGCACUGAAUAACAGACGACAAGUAAAUUCGAUCCGACGUAUUGAACUUGUACAUUUGCAAACAUUAACAGAAAAUAAGGCAAUUUGAAUAUACUAACAAU